AUGAACAAAGAAAACACAGAAAAGCUAAUCAGCAUAAUAAAUUUGCUGGAUAAAAUAUCCGAGCGCAAUGAUGCCAAGAACCCCAAGUAUGAUAAAGUUAAAAGCUUUUUUUCAAGCGAGCUGUCAAAGACAUUCGACACUUUGGACAAUCAGAAGUCGAUGUUUCCGUUGCACUGCGAAAAUGAUACACGCGAUUUUAGUGCCAAGCAAAUAAUUGACAAAAUUAAAAAGACGAAAAGUUUUUUCUAUUUCAAUAAGUCAUACUCGAGUGAACGGGACGAAUCCACGUGUGGCGACAGAGCAUGGGUUGCGACGAGGAAGGGGGGGGAUGUUCCUCAAAAUGAGGGGCAAACUGAGCAGCAAACUGAGCAUCAGACCGAGCCGCUAAGAGAACCACCAAGCAAACCGCUAAGAGAACCGCCAAACGAACCGCCAAACGAACCGCCAAGCGAACCGCCAAGCGAACAGCUAAGCGAACAGCUAAGCGAAUCCCCAAAAGGCGCACAUGCGCGAGAGCAGCGGUCCCGCAAGGAAGACUCAACCGAACGAGUAAAUAACAAGUGCACACAUUUUCAUGAUAUUCACGGGGAAGGGAAAAAAUCGACAAGCAUAACAGAGACAACUGGUUGCGUGAAAGGAUCUAAUCAGGACUCCAAAACAAACACAACAUUUUCAUUCGAAAGUGAAGGUUUUUCCUCUGCUAAAAGGUAUACAGGUAGUUUCCACUUUAAAAGAAAGUCGCAACAUGAACCAAGAGACUACUUCAGUGACACUGAAUUGUUGGAAUAUAAUAACUCGAGUAGGAAAAAAAAAAAUUUGCUAGAAAUGUUAAAAAGGCAGCAGGUCAGGAAGUAUAAGGAGGAGUUGCGUGCGGACUCAGUGGACAAUUCGGCAUUCAUUGCUCCAUCGAAGAAGUGCGGACGUGUUCACGAGGAAGUUGAGGCAGAUGAAUACUUAGAUCACAAGGGUCUCGGGCAGUUACUGGAAAAAAUCAUAGAACAUUUGAACGUCAACCUGAAGGAGGCAAUGAAUAAAUACGUGAAGGAGAUAAACAAACUGAACAAGGCGAACGACACGCUAAGCAGAAAGCUCGAAACUGCCGUUGAGAACAACGAUGAACAGGCCCAAGAAAUCAGAGACCUGAACAAACGGAUAAGUCAAAUAGGGGAGGAGAAAACCGAAAUGAACAAGCGCAUCGAGAGUUACGAAUUUACAAUACACAAAUCAAAGAAAUUAAAAAAUGAGGGACAAGGCGACAACGAAGCAAAAGGUGCCCUGGAAAUGGAAAUAAAAAAUCUAAAGAGGGAAUUAAACCUGGCCAAUUCAUUGAACGAAAAAAUAAAACAUGAAAAGUUGUCUCUCCAGGAAAAAAUAAAAAAUAAAACGGAUAAACUUAGGAGAGAAAAAGACAAACUAAAAAAAGCCAAUGACUUACUUUUGGAAAAGAGCAACUUACUCGUGCAGCUGCAGACGCCCGUCACGUUCGAUGUACCAUCCCUAAAGGUAGCAUCAAAAAAAAUGUGCAUGUAUGAAUGCAGUUGUGAGUAAAUGGUUUCGUCUAAAGCUGACUUACCAAAAAACGAAAGGGGGGUAGAAGGUGCUCAGUUCUGCACAGACGGAGGCGUGAACGAAUCAACAGGUGAGGAGAGACAAUUAAAGGCCAAACUGAAAAAGCACAACUUAACGAAUAAGGAGUGGAAUGACAGACGUAUGCACAGAAUCAGACAUGUAGACUAUACAUCCCUCUCCAAUAAUCCUCGCUCACCUCGCAGUUACCGAAGUGACACCAUUUUGGAUAAUUACGAGAGAGUAAAAAGCAAGCUGCUCGAAAGCAACGAGAAAUGCUAUUUUUUAUCCAAAACGAAUCUUGAAUUAUUUAAAGGAUUAAAAAGAAAAAGGAAAAAAAUUGACACGUUAAAUAAGCAGAUGUCUUAUCUGAAAUGUUUUGUGAAAGGAAAGCAAAAAAUGGAUCGAUGCAAUGAAUAUCACUCAAAAGUAUACCUUAUGGAAAAAGGAGGGCAAAGGAGUUUAUCCUCCACACAUUGCCACAAAUACAUUUAUAUAUCUCCUUUUGCGUGUAGAUAUAACGUCCAUCCUGUUGAUGUGGUGGAUUCUCAUUUCGAUGGAUCCCUUUUUUGCUGCCUUUACAAUUGUCAGGAAAACAAUACCCACACGUGCGAUGGCAUGGGAAACAAUAAAAGUCACGUCCCAUGUGAAGAGGAAUACAAACCUGCGCAAACAAGUGAACAUAAUUCGUUCGCCAAAAUGUACGACCAUGCACAAGGGGAGGAAAUUCAAGGCCUCGAGAAAAAUUAUCACAAUUUAACUAAUGAACACAAACUGUUGAAGAAAAAAUACGAACUGCUAUACAAAAAAUAUGCGCGAUUGCUAGGAAAGGAGUCGAAUAAAAGCAACGACUUUGCCUUUAAACGACAGAAGGGGGAGGAAACUGUGCCAACGGAGAGUGACGUGAUUCACUCGUUUUACGUGAAAGGGGGGCAAGACAGGUUGGGGAGACCCUUCCAGCGGUGUUACAGUUUGAAGCGACCCCUCCAGCAGGGCGACAGUUUGAAGAGACCCCUCCAGCAGGGUGACAGUUUGAAGAGACCCUUCCAACGGGGGGACAAUUUAAUAAAUUACAUAAAAGCGAAG